CGGCUGCCUUAUAAGUAAUAGCCUGCAUUAUAACAAGCCCCUUCUUUAUCAGAUUUCCUUUCAAACAGCUUCAUUGGACAGGCGCUCUUAUCGUUUUUCCCUGGAAUUCAAUACGCUUUCCCAUCUGCGUGAACAGGCCAGAGAUCAGCUCCCGACUGCCUCAUAUCGCGUGUGAUGUAGGAACAGGACACGCUGGAGCAGACCGGGAGUCAGCGGAUAACAGCCAAAGAAUCGCAUGUGUUCCAGUAAAGUUCGAAAGCUGCCCCGGUUGCCAAAUACCACAUUGCGAACAGGAAGUUUCGUGUUAAGUGUCUGAGCUAUUCGUUCGGAAACUGUAUGUGUUUGUGGGUGAAAUCGCAUGUUUUAUUUGUGUACAGAGUGAAAUAUAGGAAAUAAAGACAAUUCGACUUCUCUUAGUUUACGAUACGGCAACGCGCUGACAAAUAAGGACGGGCACGAUGUAUUUCACAGCUCUAUGCAGUCAGAUAGUUCUCAUGCUUCUUUGCCACGCACUUUGUUACGAACCAGCAGAGGAGGACUUCAGCUGUUUCAAUGACUAUGAAAGAGAAAUGAAAUGCAGUCUUUCUUCUAAAAAUCUCAUAAAUUGCUCUGAAUACAAGCUCAACACAACACACACUGUAUUAGAAGAGCUAAAUAAAUAUACAUGUAUUUUUGAGAGAAGUCAUCACAAUGCUAGUGUUUGUGAAUGCAAGUUUGAAAUACCAGGGUUUGUUCCGAUGGAGAUCUUCUGUACUACACUUCUGCAGGGAGUGAAUGUUUUAUUCACAAAAAAUUUUUCAACUCUGGAGUUCAUCAAACCAAAAACUCCAGCUAUCUUAUCGGUGCAGAAGACUCCAAAUGGAGACUUUAAAGUAACUUGGGACAACAAGUACAAGGAUAAAACUAGAUAUUUUGCACAAAGUUUGAGUAUAGAGCUGACUUAUGGCAUCAAAGGAGGAAAAGACACAGUGUCCAAAAUGGUGAUGGACAGUAUGGGAUUCUAUGAGAUUGUGGGUAGAAAUCUCCAGCCAAAUACCGACUACAUUCUGACAGCAAGAGUGAAAACAAACUAUAACAAUAAUGAGAUAUUUAGUGACCGAAGCACACCAUAUGAAUUCACUACUUCUCCGUCCCUUAGUGAAAUACUCAAAAUAGUAAUUCCAGGUGUAUGUGUUGGUUUGAUCAUUAUAAUAUUCAUUAUCUUCAUCUGCUUUUUCAGAAUCAAGAGGAUGUGGUGGGACAAGAUCACCAAGCCAGAAAUAGAUCCAAACCUUGGAAAACAGAAGGGUCACAUGUUGCCUCCUUCCAAUAUGAAGUUCUCCCCAGUCGUUGUUGAGAUUCCAAAACUGGACCUCCAGGAAGAAAAGAAAUGGUUAGUAGCGUUGUCGGAAGAUACAAACAAUGAACAAAGUUUCAAUAGUGUUGACUCGACUCAUAGUGUGGAUUAUGGUCAGGCGUGCUCUGGUAUCCAGGAACAGAAUAUGAGCAUACUAACACGCACCAUGCUUGCCCUGCAAGAGCUGCCAUUGUUACCCACUAACACUGUGAUACCAAGCAAAAGUCUAGAUAUUGGUUCCCAAAGAGAAAGCAAUAGUGCAAACAGAGAUUCGGGGAAUGGCUCAGGGUCAUCGUUUUUAAGAAACAAUUCCUAUUUGGAAUCAUCAGUCCCAGAUGAUUCUUCAUUCUUAGAUAUCUCUUUUGAUCCUUCAUAUCAGUCUUACAAGAGGGAAUUUUUUAAUCCGGACCCAGUAGACUGCCUUAAGACCCAGCUUAAUUCUGCUAUUGUGGAAGAUGGAUAUCAGGACAUAGGAAAUGUAAAUCAUGCAAACGGUAGCUCUGAUGUUAAUGAGAAGUUCAUCAUGAAAAAUCUUAUCACCUCUAAAAAUCCACUGUAUCCUUGUUUGACUCCCCAUGAUGAUGGCAUCACCCCAAGUAGUGAUUGCUACCAGGAUUUCCAAAGCUUAUCGAAAAACACAGGAGAACAAUGGAGCCCUACCACGUGUGCUGAAAUAGCACUUGGGGAGUGUGGAGCACUGAAAAUCCCUCAAACCGUUUUGGGUACUGACCAUACACCCACAUCAGUUCAACAAAGUUCUUGGACCUCUUCUUUGCAUAUCUCACCCUGCAUUCAAAUGGACAGUUCCUAUCAUUCUGUUUAACUCUGCAGUCAAAACAGAUACAAGGUAAACGCUUGUAACGUUGCAUUAAUUUUCUGUGUAAUCUCAUGGGAUGUUACACUUGCAGUGAAUUUUGAUGAAUCAUUCAUUUGAAAGCAUGACCUGUGACAACUAAAUUAAGGGUUUCAAAAAGGGGUUCUCACAGCGAUGCCAUAAAAGUACCAUUUUUGGUUUUUAAGAAACUUUUUCCACCACAAAAAACAUUUUGUAUUAUGGAAAGGUCCCAUUGAUGGAAGAGGUUUUUCAUGGAACCAUACAUGCUAAUAUAUUUUUAAUAUAUGUUUAAAUCUUUUAGACACCGAGCCGAAACCUUAAACACUGGCUUAAAUGCUUCAAUCAUGAUGCCAGUGUUUGACAUUUUAAAGUCACAUUUGAUAAGGCAUAUUUGAAAGGCAUUAUGAUAAGGUCAAAUGGUAUCCUCUUCAGUAUUAGAAAACAAAGUGAACUGAACCUGUAUUUUUCAAUUUUUUUGCCCUGUAUAUACAAUAACUUUUGGUUUGGAUGACAUUGUUACUUCUUGUUGUUUGUGGUCGAGGAUUAUGAUAUUGUCACUAUUUUUGUAACAGCAAACUGUUUAAUAGUCACUCAGACCUCUUAACAAUACUACUACUAUUGCAAAAAAAAAAAAAGAAAAAAGUAUUUGACUGUAUAUUUUCCUUGUACAGGUGCAUCUCAAAUUAGAAUGUCGUGGAAAAGUUCAUUUAUUUCAGUAAUUCAACUCAAAUUGUGAAACUCGUGUAUUAAAUAAAUUCAAUGCACACAGACUGAAGUAGUUUAAGUCUUUGGUUCUUUUAAUUGUGAUGAUUUUGGCUCACAUUUAACAAAAACCCACCAAUUCACUCUCUCAAAAAAUUAGAAUACAUCAUAAGACCAAUAAAAAAAAAAACAUUUUUAGUGAAUUGUUGGCCUUCUGGAAAGUAUGUUCAUUUACUGUAUAUGUGCUCAAUACUUGGUAGGGGCUCCUUUUACUUUAAUUACUGCCUCAAUUCGGCGUGGCAUGGAAGUGAUCAGUUUGUGGCAUUGCUGAGGUGGUAUGGAAGCCCAGGUUUCUUUGACAGUGGCCUUCAGCUCAUCUGCAUUUUUUGGUCUCUUGUUUCUCAUUUUCCUCUUGACAAUACCCCAUAGAUUCUCUAUGGGGUUCAGGUCUGGUGAGUUUGCUGGCCAGUCAAGCACACCAACACCAUGGUCAUUUAACCAACUUUUGGUGCUUUUGGCAGUGUGGGCAGGUGCCAAAUCCUGCUGGAAAAUGAAAUCAGCAUCUUUAAAAAGCUGGUCAGCAGAAGGAAGCAUGAAGUGCUCCAAAAUUUCUUGGUAAACGGGUGCAGUGACUUUGGUUUUCAAAAAACACAAUGGACCAACACCAGCAGAUGACAUUGCACCCCAAAUCAUCACAGACUGUGGAAACUUAACACUGGACUUCAAGCAACUUGGGCUAUGAGCUUCUCCACCCUUCCUCCAGACUCUAGGACCUUGGUUUCCAAAUGAAAUACAAAACUUGCUCUCAUCUGAAAAGAGGACUUUGGACCACUGGGCAAUAGUCCAGUUCUUCUUCUCCUUAGCCCAGGUAAGACGCCUCUGAUGUUGUCUGUGGUUCAGGAGUGGCUUAACAAGAGGAAUAUGACAACUGUAUCCAAAUUCCUUGACACGUCUGUGUGUGGUGGCUCUUGAUGCCUUGACCCCAGCCUCAGUCCAUUCCUUGUGAAGUUCACCCAAAUUCUUGAAUCGAUUUUGCUUGACAAUCCUCAUAAGGCUGCGGUUCUCUCGGUUGGUUGUGCAUCUUUUUCUUCCACACUUUUUCCUUCCACUCAACUUUCUGUUAACAUGCUUGGAUACAGCACACUGUGAACAGCCAGCUUCUUUGGCAGUGAAUGUUUGUGGCUUACCCUCCUUGUGAAGGGUGUCAAUGAUUGUCUUCUGGACAACUGUCAGAUCAGCAGUCUUCCCCAUGAUUGUGUAGCCUAGUGAACCAAACUGAGAGACCAUUUUGAAGGCUCAGGAAACCUUUGCAGGUGUUUUGAGUUGAUUAGCUGAUUGGCAUGUCACCAUAUUCUAAUUUUUUGAGAUAGUGAAUUGGUGGGUUUUUGUUAAAUGUGAGCCAAAAUCAUCACAAUUAAAAGAACCAAAGACUUAAACUACUUCAGUCUGUGUGCAUUGAAUUUAUUUAAUACACGAGUUUCACAAUUUGAAUUGAAUUACUGAAAUAAAUGAACUUUUCCACGACAUUCUAAUUUAUUGAGAUGCACCUGCAUAUAGCUAGUACUUCUCUGACUCUAACUAUUCUCAAUUGCAUGCUUGCUAUCUUUUGACCAUGGCAUUCUAACACAAGAAAAGUAAAGCACUUUGUUUUUUAAAGCACCUUUAAAAAAAGAGUGAUAUAAAUGUAAAAAUGUUACAUAUUGUUCUAAUAUGAUUCUUUUCAAGUAAAACUUCAUAUUAGUGAAAUAGA